AAGAAUCUCUAGUGGAUGCCACAACACAAACACAGCCACUAAACAACAAGUCUGUUUCUGCUACUCUCAUGAGCUGCUGCAUGUCUAAAGAGGCCAACCAACCAUGCAAAUUCAGCCUCUUCUCACUCCUCCCCACCUUUUGCAACUGCUCAACUCGAGAAGAAGAUAAGUUCACUGGCAUCUGUGUAUGUGUGGUAGUUCGGAUUGGAAUACAUUAAAGGCAGGAGGUGGUUUGCUAAGGGAGUGGGAGGAUAGGAGAUAGGGUAAGAUGGAAGAUGGGACAAUUACAAGCGGAAAGAGGCUUGAAGCACCUGCAGUUAUGGAAUCAAAUCUGCUAGAGAACGACCAAUUUCAAUCGGUUUCAUCAUUUGUGGAUUCACAAGUUAAAUCCUGCUGCCCUAUCUGUUUGGGCAACAAUCGCUGCAGGAUAGUCCGCUCUAGAACAAAACUGAUGAAUGUUUUGAUUGGGAAAGGGAAGCCUCGAGAAGCCCAUUCUAUUUUCAACAGUUUAAUGGACGAGGGACACAGGCCAACUCUUAUAACAUACACAACCCUUGUCUCGGCCUUGACUCGGCAAAAACUCUUCAAGUCUAUACUUCGACUCAUCUCUAAAGUGGAAGAAAAUGGCAUGAAGCCUGAUUCUAUACUCUUCAAUUCCAUAAUCAAUGCCUUUUCUGAAUCUGGAAAUAUGAAGGAAGCCAUGAAACUAUUUCGUAAAAUGAAGGAGAGUGGAUGUAAACCAACAACAAGCACAUUUAACACCCUUAUCAAAGGAUAUGGGAAUGCUGGCAAGACUGAAGAAGCUUUGAAAUUACUGGAGUUUUUACAGGAUGGAGGUGUGAAACCAAAUCAAAGGACAUAUAAUAUUCUUGUUAGAGCUUGGUGUAACAAGGAAAACAUGGAAGAAGCUUGGAACAUGGUGUACAAGAUGGUGGCAUCUGGCAUGCAACCAGAUGCUGUCACAUACAACACACUAGCAAGGGCUUACGCAGAGAAAGGAGAGACAAUUAGGGCUGAAGAAAUGAUACUGGAAAUGCUGAACAGGAGAGUGUCGCCCAACGAGCGUACUUGCAGCAUCAUUGUGAAUGGCUACUGCAAAGAAGGUAAUAUGGUUGACGCUUCAGGGUUUGUGUUCAGAAUGAAGGAGCUUGGAGUGCUUCCUAAUCUCUUUGUUUUUAAUUCUCUCAUCAAAGGAUUUCUAGAUACCAUGGAUACUGAAGGAGUUGAUGAGGUGCUGACAUUAAUGGAAGAAAAUGGGGUAAGGCCAGAUGUUGUAACAUUUAGCACAAUCAUGAAUGCAUGGAGUUCAGCUGGGCGUAUGGACAAAUGCAAAGAGAUCUUCAAUGACAUGGUGAAGGCUGAAAUAGAACCUGACAUUCAUGCAUUCAGUAUCCUUGCAAAGGGCUAUGUGCGAGCUGGAGAACCUGAAAAGGCAGAGUCAAUCCUGACUUCUAUGAGAAAAUAUGGCGUGCAUCCAAAUGUUGUAAUCUGCACCACCGUUAUAAGUGGAUGGUGCAGCGCAGGAAAAAUGGAGCAUGCAAUGAAGGUUUAUGAGAAAAUGUGUGAAAUUGGCGUUUCCCCCAACUUGAAAACCUAUGAGACCUUGAUAUGGGGAUAUGGUGAAGCAAAGCAGCCAUUGAAAGCAGAAGAAUUGCUGCAAGUUAUGGAAGAAAAGGGUGUCUUUCCUAAGAAGGGGACCAUGCAGCUAAUAGCAGAUGCAUGGCGUGCCAUUGGUUUGCUGAGUGAAGCUGAGAGAAUUAUAGAAAAUGACGAAGAUCCGGAGGUCAAAGCAGAUAGAAAGAAAGAUGACGUGCCCGUGGAUAGACUGGAUAGGAUUUAUAAAGACCAAGACCUUGGUGCUUCUUAUUCUAAGCUGUUACAGGUACCUGGGGAAGCUACUACCAAUCAAAACGGAUCAUCUUCUGUUAAAAUAAGAACCCAGAUGAUUCUUAAGAAUUACAGGUCUUCGUCUGAGUCUUCAUGGACAGGCACCAACUCUGUCUUGCUCACUCGUCUGUUUGUGUUUGGAGCACAACCGCAAAUCAAAAGCAGAAGGCAACACCAAAGUCUAGUUGGCAUUUGUGAAAAAGUCGCAAGCAGAAUCCUGUGCAUAAAUUGACAGGGAAACGAUGGGAGAUACUGUUAUCAUACAUAUGUAGGAUGAUACAGAUGACUUGAACUUGGAAAGUGCCCUUACCAUGAGAUUAAAUCAUGCAGGUCUGAUGAAAGAUUGCUUGCUCGUGAAAGUUGUAGAUACUGCGAUUAAUUUUCAUGUCUAUUGACAUCAUUGUUUAUACAAAUUAUAGGUAAUAAGUGGUUACUUUGUAUUUACUUACAGUACUGUUAUGAGGACAGGCUGCGUUACAACAUACACAAUUGAAGUUAUUUUAAGAAUUUAUUGAGCUUGGCUUUGUUGGA